AUGGUUGGACGCCCUCGGCGGGCGUCUACGUCCAGUGUCGAGACGGUCGACGAGGACCGCAUCCUCUGGCGUCAGGAGACAUCAGUCCUCAGAACCGCCCCAGUGGACAAGAUACACGGCCCAGAGCCGGUCUUUGAGCUUCAGGAUGCCGUGGUACUCAACAAAGAUGGCCACACUCUUGAAAAUGCCCUUCACGUCGGCACUCGAGGUCCUUAUAUCAUCCGCGGCACUCUGAUCAUCGACGAACCUGAGCAGAAAACGCACCUGAUCAUGAGGGUUCGACACUCGAUGCCGAUUCAGGUUCCAAAAUCCAACAGAUACUCGAUCGGAGAGGCUGGAGAGGGCAAUCCCGUCAUCUGGGUUGAGGGCAGAUGUGCUUGGUACGAGAUCAACCCCUCGCCUGCCUACGCCCCCAUCUACGACAAGAUGUGCGAGGCCGCCUCGCUUUACUACCGGAUCAUGGACAUCUACAAGGAAAAGAAACCAAAAAAGGCAAAGAAGGGGAAGAAGGAUCAAUUGAAGGAGCUUCACUCUGUCUUUCACGAGGAACUCGUGGAAAAGGCAGAAGAGCGCCUAAAGAACCCGCCUCCCAUUGCACGAUCACCUUCUGUCGAGGCCAAACCAGCUGCAGCAUUAGUUGCCCCAUCACUAUUAUCUUCAAGGACUCGAUCAGGCUCCUCAGCCCCCUCAGUCGCCCGGAGCAAUGCCACGCCUGAGCUUAUGGAUGUCCAAGAUAGUCCACCGAGAAACCGAUCUACCCGGUCACGUUCAAUCACCCAGCGAGAGACCAGCAGUACGGUCGACUUGCCAGCUCCAUCCCAGCCACAAAGAAGUGCCCCUGCUAUCAGACAGCCUCCCAGUGUGCAAUCGGUGACACGCACACCUUCAGUCGCCCCAGCGAGCAGCGAGGUGGGAGGACCAGUCAGUAACGACGACAUAACACCGUUUCAGACUGUUGUGAAUGGCGUCGAGUGGGUGUACGACCAGAUCGGCAAGAACAGAAAGGGAAUGAUAAUGCCGUCCACUCUCAACAAACUGUUCUUCUCGUACAAGUUUCCCACCUUCAAGAACGGGGAGAGCGGAUGUCACAAGAUUCCGGUUGAAGAGCUCCUGCAUUACAAUGCCCAAGCACUCCUCCAGGUCCUCGACAAGGAUAAGUAUAGUGGUCACGAGUUCUAUUCUUGGCUACAGGGGGCGGCUGAAAGGCCGUUUGUGCCCGUCGCUUUGAAGCCUUCCGAUUUGCCCUACCGCCUUGUACCUCGAGGCAGUCGUCCUCGUCCUAGCAAAGCUACGCAACCCCUCUCUGAAGCACAAGGGGUUGUCACUUCAGGCCUAGAAGACGAUCUUUCCAGCACUCCGCGAUCCUCCCCGGCAGGAAAGAGUCUCAGGAGACCAGGUCGCCCUUCUGGCAAGAAGUCCAGUCUUCGUCUGACGACUGGAUCCAAGAAGCGGCUGCACUCUGAUGUAGACAGCGAGUCGGAGGACGAUGAGUCGCGACCAAAGAGGUCCCAUUACUUUUCAGAUGGAGAUGAGGAUAUGGAAGUCGAUGCCCAGGCCAGCUCAUCCGAGGACGAAGUGCCUCGUGAUGGCUCUCAGGAACCCAUCAAGAUCGUUAUCCGAGCCGACAAGAUUCCUUCAGCCACCCCGCAUGGUCCCAACGAAACAUGGGUCUGCGAGGAAGAGGACUGCGGCUACGUCGUCCGUGGCGGCGACGUGCAAGAAUGUCAACAACGCAUACAAAGACACUUCGAACAGCACGAGAAUCAAAUGGAUCGUGUCAGCCUAGCCGUGACAGAGGGCACUCGAGGUCAUCUACCCAUCAAUCAUCUUAUGGAGAAGCUCAAAAAGCUGGGUGAGAAGUCUCAGGCUGCUCAGCAACUCGCUGUCGACGGAGUCGCUCUCCCCCAGCGCAUCAAGCGUAACCUCCUUGUAUGA